AGGGAGAGAGGGAUGGAGGGAGAGAGGGAUGGAUGGAGGGUGGGAAGGAGGGAGAGAGGGAUGGAGGGUGGGAAGAAGGGAGAGAGGGAUGGAGGGUGGGAAGGAGGGAGAGAGGGAUGGAUGGAGGGUGGGAAGGAGGGAGAGAGGGAUGGAGGGUGGGAAGGAGGGAGAGAGGGAUGGAUGGAGGGUGGGAAGGAGGGAGAGAGGGAUGGAUGGAGGGUGGGAAGGAGGGAGAGAGGGAUGGAGGGUGGGAAGGAGGGAGAGAGGGAUGGAUGGAGGGUGGGAAGGAGGGAGAGAGGGAUGGAGGGUGGGAAGGAGGAGAGAGGGAUGGAUGGAGGGUGGGAAGGAGGGAGAGAGGGAUGGAUGGUGGGAAGGAGGGAGAGAGGGAUGGAGGGUGGGAAGGAGGGAGAGAGGGAUGGAUGGAGGGAUGGAAGGAGAGAGCUGGAUGACGAAGGAGGGUGGGAAGGAGGGAGAGAGGGAUGGAGGGUGGGAAGGAGGGAGAGAGGGAUGGAUGGAGGGAGAGAGGGAUGGAUGGAGAGAGGGAUGGAUGGAGGGUGGGAAGGAGGGAGAGAGGGAUGGAUGGAGGGUGGGAAGGAGGGAGAGAGGGAUGGAUGGAGGGUGGGAAGGAGGGAGAGAGGGAUGGAUGGAGGGUGGGAAGAAGGGAGAGAGGGAUGGAGGGUGGGAAGAAGGGAGAGAGGGAUGGAGGGUGGGAAGGAGGGAGAGAGGGAGGGUGGGAAGGACAGAGGGAGGGAGAGGGAGGGAGAGAGAGAUGGAGGGUGGGAAGGAGGGAGAGAGGGAUGGAGGGUGGGAAGGAGGGAGAGAGGGAUGGAGGGUGGGAAGGAGGGAGGGAGAGAGGGAUGGAGGGAGGGAGGGAGAGAGGGAUGGAGGGUGGGUGGGAAGGAGGGAGAGAGGGAUGGAGGGUGGGAAGGAGGGAGAGAGGGAUGGAGGGUGGCAAGGAGGCGAGAGGGAUGGAGGGUGGGAAGAGUCAUCUGUAGAUUGCUGAAAGUAGAAAAGGGAAGGAGACAGAGGAAGGAGAUAGAGAAAGGAGUCAGAGGAAGGAGUCAGAGGAAGGAUUCAGAGGAAGGAGAGAGAGGAAGGAGAGAGGAAGGAGUCAGAGGAAGGAGUCAGAGGAAGGAGAGAGGAAGGAGUCAGAGGAAGGAGAGAGGAAGGAGUCAGAGGAAGGAGUCAGAGGAAGGAGUCAGAGGAAGGAUUCAGAGGAAGGAGUCAGAGGAAGGAGAGAGGAAGGAGUCAGAGGAAGGAGAGAGGAAGGAGUCAGAGGAAGGAGUCAGAGGAAGGAGUCAGAGGAAGGAGAGAGGAAGGAGUCAGAGGAAGGAGAGAGGAAGGAGAGAGAGGAAGGAGUCAGAGGAAGGAGAGAGGAAGGAAGGGCAAAAGAGAGACAUGGGGUGAGUGAGAGAGCUGCAUGUUUGGCAACAAUAAGGCCUUGUGAGGCAGCCAAGCCAGGAAGAGUAAGACCUCUGAUUCUCUCUCUUUUUC